AUGGAAAAUCAGUCAAGAGUUAGGGAAUUCCUUCUACAUGGAUUCCCUGAUAUCCAGGAAUUACAGAUUCUACACUUUCUUCUGUUCCUGAUGUUAUAUCUGGCAAUUGUAUUAGGGAAUCUUAUCAUUAUCUCUGCUGUUAUUUUUGAUGAUCAUCUCCACACUCCCAUGUAUUUCUUCCUGAUGAACCUGGCCAUUCAGGAUCUUGGCUCCGUUUCAACUAUUAUCCCAAAAUCCAUGAGCAAUUCUUUCACGAACACUAGAAACAUUUCUUACUCUGGAUGUGUGGCUCAGGUUUUCUGUUUUGUGUUCUUUGUUGGAUCUGAUUUCUUUCUCCUUACUGUCAUGGCAUAUGAUCGGUAUGUUGCCAUUUGCAAUCCACUGCAAUAUGAAGUGGUGAUGAAUAGGCAAGCUUGUACACAAAUGGUGCUUUGUGUUUGGCUAACUGGAAUUUUCUAUGGAGCAAUGCACACUACAAGUACCUUUGCAGUCCCUUUUUGUUCCAAUGUUGUCAAUCAGUUCUACUGUGAAAUCCCACAGUUACUAAAGCUAUGCUGCUCUGACUCAUACCUAGCCGAAAUUGCUAUUCUGGCAAUCAGUGCUAUGAUAGAGCUGGGUUGUUUCAUCUUCAUCAUCAUGACAUAUGUGCUGAUCUUUACAGCAGUACUGAGAAUCCCUUCUGUUCAUGGAAGACAAAAAGCCUUUCCUACCUGCCUUCCACACCUCAUUGUAUUUGUUAUAUUUAUAUUUACUGGGUGGUUUGCCUACUUAAAACCACCUUCUAACACUCCAUCUGGUUUGGAUUUGGCAUUGACUAUGAUAUAUACCUUCAUCCCACCUCUGCUGAAUCCAGUGAUCUACAGCAUGAGAAACAAAGAGAUCAAGGUUGCCCUUGCAAAAUUAUUACUUUCAGCAUGUUCUUCGAUGGAAACCUAUUUUAAGUUUAUCACAUCACAGUGA